GGGCCACACCACGUUUCUGCGUCUGCUCCUGUGGCCACUCCUUCUUGCCCUCAGCUCUCCUGCUGCCAAGAUGCCAUCGCCACAGACAGAGACUCCUGGGCUGGAGCUGCAAAGUCCCAAGGAGGCUGAGGAGUCGCAGACUCCAGCUCAGGGCUCCCGGCGAACAAGCAGCAGGAAAGAGCCCAAUGCCCACUGCAAGGAUGGCACAAGGCUGGGCCUGGGCACCUUGAGGCAGGCCUUCUCCCGGGCCAGCCAACGGGCUUUGACCCAGGUCUCCAAGGAGGAUACGGGCCUGUUCCGGCGAAGCUCCUGCUCCCUGUUCCGGUCCUUCCGGCAAGCCCUGGAUGAAGGCCCAGCCGCCGGCCAUUUCCAGGCCACUCCUGAGGUGCCCUCGGGGGUCAUGAAUGGUGUCAGCCAGCAGGCAUCCACUGGGGCAGCGUCUGAGGAACUGAAACUCGAGGCAGAAGGCAAAUCCGUGGCCGACCUCAUUACUGAACGGCAACUGCUGGCGGCCUUCGAACAGCUUCUGCGCCUGGAGACACGGCUGGUGGCGGAGAAGGCCUCGCGCACCUUUGAGCAGGACCCCACGGCCUUCGCUCGGCGCGCCAUGGACGUGUGCCUGCAUUACGACGGGCUGGCAGCCGAGCUCAGCGCCAUCGUGCGCGAAACGCUGGGCAGCGACGGCGUGGACGCGGCCGUGCUGGCCGAGCUGGCCCGCGUGGUGAACGCAGAGGAGGAGGCCCACCCCUCGCCCCCCGACGACGGCGACUUCCUGCGCACGCCGCGCCACUGGCGCCAGCACUGGGAGGAGGCGGUGCGGCGGAGCGCUCAGGAGCGCGUGCGGCGGCCGGGCGCGGGGCGGGCUUCUGCGGCGGCGGAGGGCGCCUCGGGUCUGGCCCAGCUUCUGGCAGAGCUGGGCGUAUUGGUUCGCCGCGAUCUGCAGAAGGUGCGGCAGGAGGUGCAGCCCGCUUAUGCGGCGGCCGGCUUUCCGGCGUGGGAAGUCUAUCUGCGCGCCUUCCACAGCGCGGUGGCCCAGCGCCUCCAGGAACUCGCGCGCGACGCCCGCAGCUGCGAGCAGCUCUAUGUCCUGCUGGACUGGGCCGCCAACGUCUAUGGCAGUCCUGACUUCCUGGGCCCCCCGGGCCUGGCGCUGCCCGCCGAGCCCCUGCCCCCGCUCCUGGCGCCCGACGUGUGGGCCCGACUGGAGAACGACUACACCAGCUUCCUGGAGGCCAAGAUCACAAGCUGCUUCGACAACAUCUUGCAGCUGGAGCAGAGUCACUGGGCGGCCGCCAAGGACCCCGAGGUGCUGCAGGGCCUUUACCAGGCGCCGCUCUCCAUGGACGUCCACAUGCUCGUGGCUGAGCACGUGAAGGCGGCCGGCGCCAUCUCCGCGGAGCUGGAGGCCACCACCCUGCGAAUCUGCACGCGGGCCCUCGGCCUCUUCGUGCCCAGGUUUGAAAAGGUUUUUCUGGCGUCAGAGGCGGUGAGCGAGCCCCACCUGGGCGCCUACAUCAACGCCUGCGAGGAGCUCAGGACCAGUAUUCUCUCUAGGUUCCCAGGAACUCAAGAGGAGCUGGAGAAGCCCCUGGUGGCGGCCACCUGCAGCUUCCAGAAGCACCUGCUUCAGGGCUUGCAGCGUGAGUUGCAGCCGCUCUUCAGGGUUGUGUGCACCAGGGACUGGCUGACGCAGGACUGGCUGCGUCCCCUCAUGGACAAGGUAGUGAGGUUCACCGGUCAUCUCCAGCGUGUGGCCCAGCCACGGGCACAGGAGACUCUGCAGGAGGUGCACCGGUUCGUGGUCCGCGAGUACCUGGCACAGGCGCUGAAGCCACGGAAGCGGUUCUGGGCCAUGGAGCGCAUGCGUGGCUCCCAGAAGAUGAGCCUGGAUGCCCAGGCCAUCAGCGACACCUUCCAGGGCCUGGGUUCCGAGGCCACAUGGUUGGACCAAGCCAUCCAGUGCGUGGCCGAGAUCCUGGGCGAGACUUACAAAGAUGACAUCCAGCGGCACCUGGAGACUCUCAUCCGGAGCUACCCCGACAUCAGGCGGGACCACAUACUGGCCAUUCUGGCGCUGCGCCGACUGGGCUGCCGGCGGAACCAGCAUCUCUUGCAGCACACCCAAGACCUGCUGAGAGCUGAAGCUGGGGUGGUGGGUGCGGAGGCCCCCCGGGGCCGUGUGCUCUUUGAGGAGAUCCAGGUGCCCAGUGCCAUGGCUGUGCGGAUCACCUGUCUCUAGUUCUCUCUGGCUCGAGAGGGGGCCGGCCGCCGGCAGGGGGCUGUGGUCAGUGGGGGUCAGCCAGGAGCCCAGGGAGUCACUCUGGGCCCUGCCCCCAACUCUGACACUGCAGUUAGGGAAUUUUUGUCGUCAGCAGCCAAGCACAGCUGUCUGGCCAGAAGGAGCAGCCGUGCAGGAGGCAUUUCAGGCGUUGGUCGGGAGUGUUUUGGGGCCGCAGAGCUCUCAGUGCUGCCUGUCAUGGGGAGCCUCCCGCCCGACUGUCCGGCUUCACCCUCCAGUCUGCAAGUGCAGAGCAGAGUAUUUAUUUAAAAAAUAAAUGUGAAUUAAAA